CCACGAAGGCAUGUCAAAAUAUUGCGGAAUGACUUCUUUUCUUCUCACUGGUCCGGUAUGGGUAUGAGAUGAAAUUUAUUGUCCGCAAUGAAAGAUCCAUGCAGUUAUCCGCUGAGUGGCAAAAAUAAAACUUCUCACCUUGUGCCAUGGGAAAGUCAGAAUGUCAAACAUCUUUCUAUAUCAUGCAUGCAUGUUUGUUCACCUGCUAACGUUAAAAAACAGAGUCGUGAAGCUGACUGUGUGAUGUGAUCUCAAACUUGAUUUCUACAUAUCCAUUCAUUAUUGGCGUGUCUUCGAUAGAGAAACUGAUUGCCUCACAGCAUAAGACUCAAUGGAAUCCGCGACUCUGUCAACCUGUCUGUCGUGAAAGCAGCGCUAAUGCUUUUUGCUUCGCACUCUGUCACGGCAUUAUUGAUGCAAAUCCGCAUGCAAAACCUCUGUGGUCGCCGGCCGUGUCGUACGGUCCGGCGUCCGACUGUUGACAGUGGCCAACCGUUGACGGGUCGCGGCGCCGGUCUAAAAAGCGGACUGCACCGCCGCGCCGGCCGGACCCCGAUAAGAUAGUGCCGGACUGCCGGCGGUGCGGCAGUGUGGCCAGUGGCGGCCGGCACAGGAGGGCCCCGGUGGAGAGCACGCCGCGCGGGGCUGUUGGACGCUUCUGACUAGGCAUUGGGAGAUAUCUUUGCCCGUGAACGCGCCUACCUGACAGUGUUUGUGGUGUUCGCCUGAACUAUACCUUGUAUACCCAACCAUGUGUCAUUUGACGGUGAAGCCUCUGUAGCAUUCAUCCCUCCCUCCCUUACGUCGCCCUGUCCGAGCGUCCAUUCCGUGUCUGUUAUAAUACUGACUCCCCCCCCCCCACCAGCCGCUCCCCUCGCCCCCCCCUGUCCCCCUCCCCUCCGGGUGCCGACCCGUAUCGUGGCCGUCGGCGCUGGCCGCUGGCCCAGUCCGUAAAUCGAUCGCCGUUCGGCCGGACGGUGUGGGAGUGCGUGGCUCGACCGUAGUGCAUGGUAUCGUACAGUUGGUGUGAGUCGGAGCUCGAGUCGCAGUGGUGUGGCGGACACAGUGACCUGCUGAUGGUGUGGUGGCAGUAACCGGGGAAGGCUGGAGGGUAGUGCGGUGCGCCCACUGCCGCUCAGUACCAUGUCGGCCGGUCUGGGCGGCGCCGUCGACCGCACCGCCGCCGCCCUCCGCCACACGCUGCAGGUCUGCGUCGAGACCGACGGAACCGUCGCCGCCGCCGCGCUGUCCGCCGCCUGCGCCGUCAGCCUGCUGUGCGGCCUGUGCCGGUCUCGGAUUGGCGGCGCCCGGCUGCGCGCCACCCUGCCGGCGCUGGUGGCGGCGCUGCUGCUGAGGAGGCGCUGGCCGGCGCUGGUCCGGCUGCUGGCCGUCCAGCUGCUGCUGUCGGCGGCUGCCGGACGGUCGGCGCGGCGCCCGCUGCUCUGGACGCUGCUCAGCCUGCUGCUGGCCGCGGCCGAGGUGUGCUGGCUGGCUGCGCGCGCGCCGCUGUUGCCGGCGCUGGUGUUCGCCACUGCGGCGGCGGCUGUGGUGGAGAGGUGCGCCCAGUGGCGGCGGGCGGCCCCCGCCGACAGCCGCGGGCCGCUGCCGCCUCCGACUCCGGCCGCGGCGGCUCCCCAGCGACCGGUCAGUCUGUGGCGGUUCGUCCUCCGCCCGAUGGGGAGCCCGGUGGACGGCACCGGUCUGCCGGUGACGGCCGGCGGCGACCAGCCGGGCGCCGCGCUGCGCGCCUGCCUCUGGCUGCCAGCCGUGCCGCCGCUGCUGCUCCUCGCUGUACUCUGCGAGUGGGCGUUCCCGUGGGACGCGCUGGCCUUCCACGGUCGCUCGAAGCCCGUCCAGCUUCUGCAGCUGAUCGCCAUGUGGACGGGCCAGCAGGCGCUCUGGCUGUGCCCUCUGAUCGUGCUCCAGGCGGCCACAGACAUCAUCCUAAGUGGCUCGGCGCCGCGGCUGGCCUGGUGGCCGGCCAUCCGCUCCGGCAGCGUCUCCAGCCUGGUGGCGGCGCUGACCGCGCCCGUCUCCGAGUGGCUGCGGCGGCUACUCGGCGCCGGCCGGCUCACCGCCUGGCUGCUGUGUGCGCUGUGCGGGGCCGCGGCGGCGGCGGCCGGCGGCGCGCGCCUGCUGCUCUGGGCCGCCCUGCUGACCGUCUGCGAGCAGCUGGAGCGGCUGAGCGGUCUGCCGCGGCCGGCGGCGGCGCUGGCCGGCCGGCUGCAGCUGGCCAGCUGCGCGCCGCUGCUGCAGCCGCAGCUGACCUCGCUGGACGUGUACCGCACCUGGGAGGAGCUGCAGUUCGUGCCGGUGCUGCUGCCGGCCGUGGGCGCGCUCUCCUGGAUCAUGGAGACGGCCGCCAGCGGCUCAGGGCGCGGCCACAGGUGGGCAGGCGCCGCCGAGAAGGCUGUGUGAUUCACUGUGAUAAUUUCGUCGGGCUACCUAGAACGGAUUUGUGUGUAUCACGUACCUAUGUAUCGUAAAAUCACAACAUAAAAUCACUCAUAGUUUUUAUUCACAAAUCAUUGCUUAAGUAGUUGUAUUCUCAUCUCUAUAUAGUGUCUAUCCUGUGAUCAUGAUCAAUACAGUACAACAAUCUCCAA